AUGAACCAUCGAUUACUAACACGGCUGCUGAUAAUAAGCAUUGCUGUCGCCGUUAACAAUGUGGAGUGUUCUGUGAGUGAUAGUCAUUUCAUUGGUCUUGGAUACAACAUUUUGCUCGGAAACCCUGAUGGUGGCGAUUUGUCCGAAGUUGGAGUUGAUCCUGGAAUAAAGACAACCAGACAUAUAUUACGUAUUUCACCGGGCACUACAUCGAAGCUUAUAGUCAAUGAUGGAGGAAGAGCAUGUGUUACCCCAAGUAAUGCAACUUCAAUUUUCUAUGGCGCCAAGUCUUAUCAAAAGUAUCUUUUAGGAGAUAUAGUGACGUUUGGAGAAGGAGACAGCAGUAUUAAACCAUUCGCAUUCACGGGUAGUACUGUUUUUAAGGACGUUGAACAUAGAACCUCUGUAAACCAUAAUGUAAUUAGAGACACCAUCAGUGUUUGUAAUGGAGGCCGGACCAGGUAUGUUAUGCCACCACUUUACAGCAGUCUCCAUGAUGUGAGUGAUGAGUUUGCAAGUGCUGUGUGCAACCUUCCUGUAAAAUAUGACAAAGACGCCUACCGACAGUUUCUAGAUAUCUGGGGAACUCACGUCAUUGUUGGAGUUGAAACUGGAACAAAAAAUGUGACAAGAUAUGAGCAAUCAGAUUCUCAGCUUGCAGAUUUUCUUUUGUCGCAAGACAUUAAAUUUGGUUCCGUUUCUGUAGAAGAUUACAUGGGAUAUGGUUCUGUUGUUUACCUAAACAUCUCCGAUUUCCACCACAAUGAUUACCAUAAAAUGCAUGGCGGACAAAAAGACGCUUCCUUGUCUAUUGGAACAGCUUCUUCUCCACAACCAAUAGCUUAUAAAUUGGCCACCAUAGCUACGUUUAUACAUGAAAAUUUUUUCAACAAUGCAUCCGUGUUCCUCAAUAAGGGUAUCUGUGAUGAAGGAGUUACCUUGUAUUUACCAAACAGACAAAACAAUACUAUCAUGGCUCUAGCUGAAUAUGCUGCUGCUAAAGGGAUAAUAUCUGAACCAAGAGAUCCGGAAAUGAAACUUCCAAUCACUUGGCCUCAUGGUACAUACGGUUUCUAUAAAGCAAGGACUGGUUGUCCUAUUACUCCCAGUAGAUUUGCAGAGGGAUGGCGAAGACAAGAUGCGGAGGAUGAUAAGAAUACUAAUUAUUGGACCUCAGAUAUACACUUAGCUGGUACUAUGGAAAAGAACAAGCCAGUCUUUUAUUUCUGUAUGAAAACGGCCAAUGAAAAUUCAAAUUAUGAGAGAAAUUGGCCGACUGGAAACUACUGCAUCCUCAAAAAAGGCGGUUGUCCUACAGGAUUCACAGGUGGAUCAGUUUACUGGGAUGACGAAGACUCUAGUAAUGCCAAUGGACAUAGUGGCACUUUACCUGACGGGGAGUACGAUAGUAAUACACGGAUAGAUUUCUGCUGCAGACACGAUGGAUUUUCCAAGAGAAAAAUUUUACUACCAAUUGAUCGACCAUUUUAUCUGAUGAGAUACACCAGUACCUGUCAGGAAGUUUUUGGAAUGUCUGUGAAAGAGGAAAUCUUCUCUGUAGAUACAGAAAAUCUCUUCAAUAAAGACAAAUGCUCUGGCGCUCAUCCAUAUGAUCCGAACUGUAACAGGAACCACGAACUCCAUUACUGUUAUUAUGAAUACACAGGCCCAGUACCAGUUACUGUUGGUACAAUAAUUGGAUAAACAUAGAUCACGUGGUUUUUCAUAAUGCAUUCUAUAUAAAUCAGAUAUGUUCAUGUAAUCAAGUAUGCUAACCUUGAGGGCUUGGUUAUAGGUCGAGGAUUGAUAUGGACUGUGAUAUGGAAAACCAACACACUGCUCUAUUUAUCAUAUAUUUAUUGUUAUUCAAAACAUUGUCAAUAUAAUCUUAUACUCCAGUUUCUUCUUUUGUUAUCAUCCAGCAAUACCAACACGCGUUACGUUAAUGCAGUUUGAUUAUUUUUAAUGUGACCUGCUUUUUAUGUGAUAUUGGUUUCUUCAUUUAAUCGGUAACGAAUAAACAAUGUUUGUAUUUUCAACUAAAUAUAUGAUGCAGAGUUAUAUGAUUACUAUGAUUCAUGCUGAAUUCGUAUCAUUUAAACAAUAAAUAACAUGAUCAAACUG